AUGAUUGCUGUUGGUUGUAGGGCUGAUGUGAUCACUUGCAACUCUUUGAUUGGUGGAUUGUGUAAAACAAGGAAGAUAAGUUUUUCCAUUAAGUUGCUUGAAGAGAUGGUUAAUGGGAAUAAAGAAUCUGGUGUUAUUUCUAUGCCAGAUGUUGUUACUUAUAAUACUAUAAUUGAUGGUCUUUGCAAGGUUGGAUUAGUUGAGAAAGCUAGACAAUUAUUUUUGGAACAUAUGAUUCAGAGAGGUGUGGUUCCUCACAUUUAUACCUACAACAUUUUAAUGAACGAUUAUUGCUUGGCAGAUAGAAUUGGUGAUGCACAGAAGUUGUUUGAUUCUAUAACUAGAAAGGGGUAUAGGCCUAAUGUUGUUUGUUACACUACUUUAAUCAAUUGGUAUUGCAAGAAUAAAGAAGUCAAUGAAGCUCUUAGUCUUUAUCAAGAGAUGAUUUCAGAAGGAAUUAGGGCUGAUGUGAUUACACAUAGCACCUUGUUAACUGGCUUUUUUCUUAUAGCUGAGGUGAAAGAUGCACGAAAUUUAGUUGGUGAGAUGCGACUUAACGAUGUUUUCCCUGAUUCUUGGACAUAUGACAUUUUCAUUAAUGGACUUUGCAAGAACGGAUGUGGGAUAAAAAUAUUAAUUCCGUUCUUUGGAGUUCCUUUAGCUAAGUACUUUAAAAUUGAACGACUAGAACUUGUUUUGGUGCAGUCUGUCUCACUUUGGUGUGACUGCUUGAGAUUUGUGCAAGAAUAUGAUCCAUAUGUACGUGAAUUUUCACCUGAUGGAAAAAGAAAAACAGUUCAGCGCAUUCGAAGUGUAUUUCACCGUCAGUUGUCCAUUCCCCUUGCUAACGUAAGGUCAACCCUUCUCACCUACAAGUCUUGGGAGGUGGACCUGGUGACUGCUCUAGAUGUUGAAUCAGGUGAUUUAGAUGGGAUUCCUUCUACUGUUGCCACAGCGUAUGAAAAGGCAUUGGAGAUGUAUAAUGCUCAAGCUGAUUUUGAAGAACGGAUUGCAAGGUAG